AUGCUUCCACAUGAUGAUCAUAUAGGAAUACAGCUUGCUUAUGGACUAUAUGGUCCCGCUGUGUUUAAUGUCAAAGAAGCAAUAGGUCAGAUAAGCGGUGAUGAGCCUCGAUUGUUUGAUAUGGCAAGAGAACGUAGGCUUCAAAAGACACAAAUUCAGGUAGUUGCAAAAUCAUUCAAGGUGGAGGUGCCUUCACAGAAGGGAAAUACGUCUCUUGGGUCUAGCAGACCGGGUCUUUCUCAGCAUGUGAGUACAAGCUUGGCAAUACCCUCAGACGUUAUCUGCUCGCAUAAGAUCUUUGAGGAAAGUAAGAUGGACAUUUCUACUGUCGGUUCGGAUUCUUAUGAUCCUACCUUUGGUGAUCUAAUGUCGAUAUGUUCUAUAAGUACUGUUAGCACUAGAAAAGCAUCUGUGCACGAGUUGAAGCUUGUAGCCACUGCUGCGGGUGAGUUUGGUAAUGUGGUCACGUUUGGAUUGAUGGAUUUGGCGAAAAGAGAACCACGGUUUGGGCGUACCUACACAGUGGGUGUUAAUGAAGUUGUCAAACAAAUUGAAGUGCAGCGUGUUUCUCGCAGAGGUGUUGUAGCUGCUAUUAGAACGGAUGGAUCAAUAUACUUGCUUCGGCUUUUAAUGGUGGGUGGAAAUAGCCUUGAUGUCAGCCGAAUUGAUGAGAUACGUUGUGAGUUAAUUGCCAACAAUCAUUUCGCCUUUAUGUCUCUGGAUGCUGCUACAACCAGAUCUAUUGCUGUGAUAGAUAUUGCCGGUAAUUUCGCUCUGUUCAGAAUAUCGGUCAAUCAUAGACCUUUUUACUACAAUUGUACUUUGGUUCCAUUGCAGAUCAAUACCAUCAACGAUCCUGUCGAGUUUUCCAACUUCAAGAAGAUAGUGUUCAAUCGGAGCAGGAAUAAGUUGUAUCUUCUUAACAGGACGUCCCUUCAUGAGUACAAUCUCACCAAGGGUACUAUGAAGUGCAAAGUAGUUGCCGGUUCUUGGUCGAAGAUUCUUGAUUUUGUGCCCUUGGAUGGGUUACGGGCCAUUUUUGUCAUGCUCACUUCGAAGGAGUUGAUUGUAGUUGAUGCCUCCGUGGGCUUCAAGAGGUUGCUUGCCUGGAAGCAUUUUCUUUCCGAGGCGGAUUCUUCCUGGAAGUUAACCGUUCUGCCCCUGAAGAACUCCGUUAACUAUCUUUGCCUAAUAAGAUCGAUGAUCACCAAUUUUAUCUACGUUGUCGAGUUGAAAAUUGGAGAAUCAGGCCCAAAAGUCAUAGAUGAUCCUUACUAUAUUAUUACACAUCCUUCUGCUCCUGUCAAUUCGAUGAUAGUUUUACCUCUCCAGAACGAUCAUCAUUACCUUUGCCAACAAAUAAGUCCAGAUCUUGAAAUAUCCAGCUGCUUGUUGAACUUUACUACCACAAGAAAUACCUUUCCGCUUCCUCUAAGAAGGCUUGCCAGUUAUUCGAAUCCUCCUUUGAUCGGAAAUAUGCCAUCCUACUCAACUAGACUUUUUCUUGAGCUUUUGGGAGAGCAACAGUAUAUUCAGUGUAGCGUGAUUGAGCAACUCGCUUCAUCGUUCAAAGACCUCAUGACACAUGGUUCACAAUUUGGUAAGUCAUUCGCAAACUAUUGUAAAUUUCCAACUAGGGGUAUGGACCCUGAAUAUUCGUCUUUGGAAGCUGAGGUAAUGCGACUAAUAGACAAAACUCACAGUGUGGAAGAAGAAGAAGAAUUGAAAUUUACGAUAUCUUCGAAUAUUUGGGUUUCCCCAGAAAACGUAAGAAAGACGUUAAUUCAUGAUAUCGACAGCUUCGAUGAAUUUCGAGAGAUUACCACUUUUUUCGAACGUCUUUACUCUAGUAAUGAUGACACCAGGCGGUUCAUAUUACAGUAUCUUCCGCUCAGUCUUCUUUCCUUUUGCGAUGUUGACUCCAGCAAGGAUAAACUUAGCAAGGAGUUAGAAGAACUUCAGAAGCAGCUUUCUGAUGACUUCCGGGAUAUAUUAUCUUCAUUUGAGACCGAUAUGGAUCUCGCCUCAAGGUUUGAUGAUGUGGACGAAUCUUCCAUGGGAUUGUCACAACUCGAAGUAGGUGACUCUCAAGAGAUGUCGGUUCCUCAAGUAUCGCAGACUCGAUCACACUCACAAUUGCUUCAGCGCCAUCGUCAUCGUAUGCCAUCCAGAAUAGAGAAACCUCAACUAGCCGCUUCACAGCCUCAUUUAGAAGGGCCUCCCGGUGGCUUUGGAUCGCAGUCGAACGUUAAUAUCAAUAUAUCGUCAUCGCAAACCAGCUCUCUUGAAUCCCAAACGUUUUCUCUAUCUCAGAAUAGAAAAUCACUCAAGAAAAGGAAAAAGAGAAGAACCGGUUUCAUGUAA